UCCCUAAAGUGAGUCAUAACGCUGCUCAGCUUCAAUAAAUUCUUGGUGUGCAACUACUUUCUGAACCUACAAACACUGGGCUCCUUAUUGGUCAAUUUAUUACCAGAAGACGUUGUUUUAUUUUUAGAAAAGCAACACAAUUACUGAAAAAAAAAAGAAUCAAGGACUGUUAUAUAACACACCAAGAACUUUGUACCAUUUCACAUCCUAUUGUAACUCCUCUGUGUCUGUUAAAUUUACAGCCGACAAGAUUUCAGGAAGAGCCUUCUGAGAGGGAAAUGAUGCAGGUUCUUGAAAACAUUCAACAGGCCAUUUCCAGCCUUGACCUUCAGAAACGUUACUUCCUGGCCAUUUCUACUGCCGGUAUCGGAGGUCUUCUACUCUACCGAGCGUGGACUAAAAAGUCACAGAAGAUCUCAGUUGGAGAUGGAUGGUGGAGAACAGAAGAGAAACCCCUAACAGAGGACAGAACCAUACGUCCAUUUGUUGUGGAGACCUCCAAAGAAAUGCUAGAGGAUCUUUACCGGCGCAUUGACCAGACACGAUACACAGACAGUUUGCAAGACUGCAGAUUUCACUAUGGCUUUAACUCCACCUAUCUCAAAAAAGUCACUUCAUACUGGAGGCAUGAAUUUAACUGGGAGCGACAGGUGAAGGUGCUUAACAAGUACCCACACUUUAAAACCAACAUUGAGGGCAUAGAUGUGCAUUUCAUUCACGUGAAGCCUGUACAGCGUAAAGCUGGACAGAAGGUUGUUCCUCUCAUCAUGGUGCAUGGCUGGCCUGGUUCCUUCUAUGAGUUUUACAGGAUCUUGCCAAUGCUCACGGAGACCGAGGAAGAUGUUGUAUUUGAGGUCAUCUGCCCCUCCAUCCCAGGCUAUGGGUACUCUGAAGCCCCUCAUGUACAGGGAUUUAAUACCCUGGAUGCAGCUCGUAUUUUCCACAAGCUGAUGGAGAGACUGGAGUUCAGUGAGUAUUACCUUCAAGGAGGAGACUGGGGAGGAUUUAUCAGCUGCAACAUGGCCCAGAUCAAACCUGAGUGCGUCAAGGGCUUGCAUCUGAACAUGAUUAACGCAAGGGCAGGAAGCACCCUGACCAUCUUCUGCCUCCUCGUCGGACGUUACCUGCCCUUCCUGGUAGGAUUCACCAGAGAAGAUGUGCGCCGUCUAUACCCUUACAUGCAAAAGAAUGUGUAUGACCUGCUGAAAGAAUCCGGUUAUCUGCACAUCCAAGCUACCAAACCUGACACUGCAGGCUGUGCAGUGAAUGAUUCUCCAGUCGGUUUGGCUGCCUAUAUCUUAGAGAAGUUCAGCACCUGGACAGAUUAUAAGAACAGGGAUCUUGAGGAUGGCGGAUUAGAGAGGAAGUUCAGUCUGGAUGAUCUCCUCACCAACAUCAUGAUCUACUGGACUACAGGCUCCAUCACCCCUUCAAUGCGCUUCUAUAAAGAGAACAUGGGCAAAGACUUCCACAAACGAGUGGAUAAUGUUGCAAAGAUUUAUGUACCGACCGGGCUGGCAGCGUUUCCCCAUGAGUUGAUCCAUUGUCCCUGGGUCUGGGCGAGCUCAAAGUUCAGAGAUAUUCGCUCGUACACCUACAUGCCCCGCGGGGGGCACUUUGCAGCCUUCGAAGAACCAGAAUUGCUCGCGCAAGAUUUGCUCCAAUUUGUGAAGAAAGUAGAGAGCAAGAAGGCUAAAUAAUAUUGUGAAUUCUGUUGCUUUGCCGUUUUAAGGCUGGAAGAAGAUAUUACUUGACCCAAAAAUCCGUUAAUGAAUAAACUUGAUCUUUUGCUGUU